AUGUGGCAGAAGAACGCGUACCUGAAGAAGACGCGGCAGGGGAACGUCGUGAAGGUGGUCAGGGAGCACUACUUGCGCGAUGACAUACCGAGUGGCACACCGCUCGACCCACAGUGCAGCCCUUCCGAUGCAAAACUGAGUGCAGAUGCUAGGCACUAUCUGGUGGUGGACACAAAUGUUGUGCUGAAGGCUACCGACUUCCUUGAGCACAGUUCCAUUGAUGACGUCAUUGUGCCAUCGAUCGUCCUACAAGAGGCAAAGUCAAGGAACUUGAGUGCAUACCACAGAAUCCGUGCACUGGCUGCAGAUCCACAGCGUCGAUUCUACGUGUUUGCAAAUGAAAAUCACAGGGACACUUAUGUGAAGCAGAAGGAUGGAGAGCUAAUCAACGACAGAAAUGAUCGAGCAAUAAGGGCGGUUGUGUCAUGGUACAAACAGCUGCUCGGUGACAAGAUGCAGGUAAUCUUGCUGAGUGGCGAUCGAGAGAACCGUCGACUGGCAAGGGAGGAGUGUGGUGCACAGGCCUGCAGUGUGCAGGAGUAUGCGAGAAUGCGGACAGACGACAAGGAGCUCUUGGAUCUGGCAGCACAUUGGGGACAGCAAGAAUUUGACGAGGAUGAUGAGUCUGAGGGAAAGAGCAAGAAGCGUAGGCGAAUUUAUGAGGACCACAGGCCAUUGUCAUCUUUGACUCAAGGCAUCAAGAAUGGUACACUGCAUCAGGGUGUCCUGAACGUGAGCCGCUACUGCUGGCAUGAGGGCUUUGUGCCAUCCAGCAUUGGCCAAGAAAUUCGCAUUGAAGAUGUCAACAGGAUGAACCGUGCAAUGGCAGGUGACGUAGUUGUGGUGGAGAUAGUUCCUGACAAUGUUGCUAGCCGGAGUGGCAGCCGUCCAGGUGCUGCUUAUGGUCCAGAUGCUGAUGAGGAAGAUGAUGGUUACGAUGUGGGGGACGAAACUACAGGCUUGGAGGCCUCUGCAGUCCAUGGGGUUGACGAUGCGAUCUGCCUGCAAGGCCCUCAAGAUGACGAUUCAUCAACAAAGCCGCCGUCUGGCCAGGUGGUAGGCAUCAUAAAACGCGCUUGGCGAACUCGGGGCUACUGUGGGACGAUCAUGCCGCCGCGCGACGGCAAGGAUUUCGUGCCUGGGCGCGCCAGGUGGGUCAGAUUUCGUCCAAAGGACCGCCGAUUCCCGCACAUGAUGAUGCGCACUGCGCAGGCCGACCAGCUGCUUGGCAAGAACAUUGUUGCAGUGGUUGAAGAGUGGCAGUCGCACAGGCGACUGCCCGACUGCCGGUAUGUGAGGACGAUCGGGACCGUGGGAGACACAGAGGCUGAGACGGAUGUGCUCCUGAUGGAGAAUGAUAUUGCCACAUCGCCCUUCACGCCUGAGGUCCUGGCCUGCCUGCCUCCCUUGCCAUGGGACGUGGGGCCUGCGGAUGUUGCCGAUCCCCACCGCAGGGACUUGCGCCACCUUUGUGUCUGCAGCGUGGACCCCCCUGGCUGUAAAGACAUCGACGAUGCACUACAUGUUCGUCUCCUCCCAAACGGCAACUAUGAGCUGGGGGUGCACAUCGCAGAUGUCACGCAUUUUGUGAAGCCAGAGACUGCGCUGGAUACAGAGGCCGCACAAAGGGGCACCACCGUGUACCUGGUUCAAAGGAGGAUUGACAUGCUGCCAAAGGCGCUUACUGAGGACAUAUGCAGCUUGCGUGGCAACGUGGACAGGCUGGCGUUCAGCGUGCUUUGGGAGGCGACGCUUGAAGGGGAUGUGCUCCACGACAAGACCACAUUUACAAAGAGCAUUAUCAGGAGCCGGGCUGCACUGACUUAUGAAGAGGCACAAACGCGGAUCGAUGACGAUCGCCUGACGGACGACGUUUCCAUGAGCCUCAAGGCUCUGGCUCGAUUUGGACAAAUAUUGCGCAAGAGGCGGAUGGAGAAGGGCGCCCUGGAGCUGGCAAGUCCCGAGGUGAAGCUGUCAAUCGACACUGAGAGUCUGAACCCGACGGACAUCGGGCUGUCUCAGGUCCGGCUGGCCAACAAGAUGGUGGAGGAGAUGAUGCUCCUCGCGAACAGCACCGUGGCGGAAAAGAUCCUGAGUCGCUUUCCCUCCAGCGCCUGCCUGAGGCGUCACCCUGCGGCCCCCAGAUCCAAGUACGAGCCCCUGCUGAAGGCCCUUGAGCCCCACGGCGUCAGCCUUGACGUGACAUCAAACAAGCGCCUUGCCGAGACGCUGGACGGGGCUGUGCUGCCAGGCGAUCCGUUUUUCAACACUAUCGUUCGAAUGAUGGCCACACGGUGCAUGAACGAG